AUGGCUCUCUUGAGUGCUCUGGGUGAUAAGCCUGAAGAAUACCUGAAGCGUGGAGGGACUUCAGAAGAUAUGGAAGUUAUAAGAGAUAUCGUGGCAGUUCUAGGUGAGCACUUUAAAAAGUUGGCGGAGGAGGCGGAAGGUGAACAGCAAAAGGUCACUAAGCCAAAAAAGCCACUAAUUGAGGAAAUCGAAACUCCGGAAGAAAGAAGGCUCAGGCAGCAGGUUGAGGAUGCCCUUGCGGAUGAAAAGGUGCGGGAGGCUUUGCAAGAUGAAAGUGUGAAACAAAUAAUUCAAUUUCUGUCUUCCGAUCCUGAUCGCGGCCAAAGAAUGGCUGCCGAUGCCUCGAGAGAUGUCAAGGAAAAACUAAGACUCCUGGUUGAGGUUGGAGUUCUCGGCGUUCAGACCUCCUAG